AUGAACGCUGCCAGUCGCAACAGCAGCAAUGGCAGCGGUGAUGGGCCGCAUCUCGGGCCUGUCGACCCGGCUGCGCCCUCGACGCAGCCGAAAUCACUUGAGGAGAGCAGCAGCAGACCGGACAGCCCCCGGCCGGGUCCGCGCCCGCAGGCGUCGGCGUCCGAUCUCGCUGCUGCUAGGGGUGGUGCGGUUGAGGCGCGGGGUGAGGAGCAGGACGGCCUAGGGGUGCGCGCAGCGCUGGCGCUGCUCAAGUUCUACCGCCAGGGCCUGUCCCCCCUCAUGCAGUCAACUUGCAGGUUCCUGCCGACAUGCUCCCAGUACUCCAUCGACUCGUACAAGGCUCACGGGGUGUGGAAGGGCACCGUGCUCACGGCCUGGCGACUGAUGAGGUGCAACCCCUGGGGCGGCACAGGCUACGACCCCACAGCCUGGCCCCCUGUGGGCCUGGGCCCCCUGUUUGCGUGGGACUAUAGCGCACAAGUGGCAGUGGUGGUGGGGGCGGCACUGGUUGUGCGGCUGGGUCACGCGCUGCUGUUUGAGUAG